AUGUAUUCAACAAUAACAGACAACACUGCAGCUUUGGCGUCGGAUCUCUGCAUCAACAGCCUUUUCACUGUUGUUGCAGCGCAAUAUGGCAACAAUGUUGCCAUUAACUUCGAAAAUGUGGAUAGACUGACCUAUAGACAGGUAAGUAAAUAUGUUGACCUCCUCGCUGACGAACUCAACUAUCAUAUUUCGCAUGGACAACUCGUCGCCGUCCUUCUUCCGCGAUCACCGGCCCAAGUGAUUGCCAUCCUAGCCAUUCUCAAACUGGGCGCUAUUUAUGUUCCAAUCAAUCCAGAGCUACCCAAAGCCCGGAUUGGGAGCUUGAUAUCUUCGGUGCCGAUUGAAAUUGCCAUUUGCCUUGCGGAAACUGAACAUCAAUUGCCGCACAAAGUACUGCCAUUGACGCUCAGCGGCAAAUAUGGACAUGAAUCCAGGCUGAAGUUCCCCAGCAGCCACCGGGACACAAAGAAUUGGCUACGAAUUACAACAGACGACCUUGCAACAAUUCUGUUUACUUCGGGUAGCACAGGGCAGCCCAAGGCCGUCAAGCUAACACACAAGAAUUUGAUUCCACAAGCUAAAUUCUUGGCGAGAGAGUUGGGUCUUGAUAGUUCAAGAUCAGUAUUCCAGUUCUCAUCUUGUUCUUUUGACGUUCAUCUCCUUGACAUUCUGUCGGCUCUCCUCUCAGGAGCACAGCUCCAUCAAGCGUCUCAGAGCGCUAUUUUAUCAGAUCUUGAAGGACAAAUUAUGAGCUUCAACUCAGACACUAUUCAAUUAACCCCGACUGUGAUCUCGACACUGCAGCCACAUAACGUUCCAUCCAUCAGAUGCAUGGUGACUUGUGGAGAGGCGUGUACGGAAGAGAUUGUCAACACCUGGGGCAACCGAAUAGUAUUAUUAAAUAUAUACGGCCCUUGUGAAGCUCCUACGACGAGCAUUAAAAGGCUACGACCGGGAACCUCGCCCAGUUGUGUUGGAAAACCUCCGUCAUAUGCAAACAUUGCCGUGGUCAACGAGAGAGGGCAAUCUCUUCCCUCAGGCCAUGUUGGCGAAGUUCUAGCUUAUGGGGAAACCGUUUCUCAAGGAUACUUCAAUGGCGAGGCUCAGGAGAAAUUUACGCGCACAGUACAGUUUACUACGGGCGCAGCACCAUCAAGUGGAUGGUAUGCAACUGGGGAUUUCGGGCUUAUCGAUGAAGCUGGGGAGCUGCACCUGCGCGGAAGAGCCGAUGAUCAAAUCAAAAUUAGUGGACAGCGUAUCGAACUUGGAGACAUUCACCAGGUCAUCUAUGGAAUCCCCGGCUGCGGACGUUGUGUGGUACUUGCUCAUACUGUUAACCACCGUGCUGGUCUCUAUGCAGUAGUGUCCACCGAUCCUGGAUUUGGCCAGCCAGGAAACAAAAUUGUGAUAGCAGAUGGAUAUGGCAAUCUUAGAAAGGAGAUCUUUGCUUCUUGCAGAGCCAACUUACCUGCUUAUAUGGUCCCACAAGUCAUAAUUGUCAAGUCGCUCCCUCGAAAUGUCAACGGCAAGGUCGACGUUAGCCAAAUUCGGACCUUCUUGAGCUCUCGUCAUACUUUGGAUGAAAUGAGGCUUGACAAGUCGGAGCAACUGUCAGAAUAUGGCCACCAAGUCGCCAGUAUCAUCCGGAAGCGACUGCAACAGCUUGUUCCUUCAAAGGACGACCUCCUAGAAUGGGGAUUUAAUUCUAUGGACGCUGUCUGGGUUAUCAAAGAGUUGCAUGAAAAGACUGGCCACCGAGUUUCGAUCACCGAGCUGCUAAGCCACCCCACGAUUGAGUCGAUUGCAAACCAGAUAGAAUCAGUUUCUGUGGUCCGCACCUCUCAUGCCAGUGAGCCUACGCCUAUGCCAAGGGAUUGGUAUGUUGCUUCACCAGGACAACAUAGUCUAUUCCGAGCCACAAAGGUUUUCGGGAACAAGGUGUACACCUGCAAAAUUGCCUAUGAGAUUGCGGGAAGCUUAGAUCCGAGUCGAUUUUUGGAUUGCCUUACGGAAAAAUAUGCCCAGCAUGCGAUAUUCAACACGUCUUUUGUGGAAGACGAAACAGGCUUUAAAGAAGGAAAUAUCGUUGCUCGAGUGAAGCCAGAUACUUACAACAGACCUCGUGUGUCACUGUUUCCCUUCGAACAGUCGCGUCGUGCUCACUUUUCCGCUACAUCGACUGGUGUUUCUUUGCUGGAGGCUGUAUAUGACUGGGAAAUGAGCCAAGAAACAGACUUGGACAUUGAAGAAGGACCUGUUGCAAGUGCUGCUCUUUAUCAGACUGAUAAAGACGCCAAUCAAUGGCUUGUAAUACUAACGUUUCACCAUAUGGUGAUUGACGAGUAUUCGAGCAAUACUUUCUGGUCUGAACUCAUAGAUCUGUAUCAAGCAAAAAACCCGACAGCCAUGAUAACUCCGACCAAACGAAUAGACUAUAGCCAGUACGCCACCAUCUACCGAGCCAUACUCGAGUCGCGUGGGACUUCCGAUGGCGACUGGUGGCGCGAUGUGUUUCGAGGCUACCGGCCGCAGCCGCUGUUUCAAGAUGCCAUCGGAAAUCACAGCGAACGUUUAUCCGGAUACGAUGUCGCAGCAGACAUUUACUGGAAAACAUUACCUCAAAGGGAGGCCACUAGACUGACAGCGCGAAGGGGGAACGCCGCUAAUACUUUUGGUGCCUGGCUGUCACUUGCGCAGCUAUUUCUAUCUCGGGUGACGGGAAAAACGGAAUACUUGCUCGGUGUCCCAACAUCAGCUCGGGCCGUUGACCCUCGUUUCGUUAGUGUUAUGGGAUAUUGUAUGACACUUGCGGUUCUCCCUGUCUCUCUCGAUUUGGACCAAGACAGUCUGGCAUUCGAGGCAGCCACGCUUGAAAAGUAUCGCCAAUGCGUCGCCCACGAUCAGCGAGUUGAAGACAUCUUGAGUUGGCUUGCAGAGGAGAAUCAGACCGAAAAUACUGCCAACGUAGACGCACUGUUCGUUUAUCACGACCCGUUGGAUUCGUCUCUUGACCUGGGAAAUUCAGGGCUUCGCUACAAGAAACUUGCCGAUGCAACCGGUGGGAGCCACUAUCAUCUUAUCCUGCAUUUGGACAACUCAGGGCCCUCUAUUAGGGUCGGAUUUGAAUACCGAACAGAAUCAUUCAGCACAAAGUUCAUUGAAGCUUUGGCACAGGCCUUUACAGAGUUGGCGGUUGAGUUGUCAUGCAGCGAUGAGCAGCGCUCAGUCGGGGAAAUUGUCUCAACAGCGCCGUCUCAGGCUCUUCAAUUUGCAGUGGAAGCUUCGACAAGACAAGCUGGGCCCAGCUCUCAAAGCCUACAAUACCCAGCUAGCGGAUCUGUUCCAUCUUACAGAGAGAGACUGAACGAUGAAUUAAUGCAAUCCCUCGUCAUCGCCUGGACGGAGAUUUUACCUAUCGAUGAGACGCAAGUUGACAUUCAUAGGUCAUUCUUCAAGACGGGCGGCGAUAGCGUAUCGGCUAUUCGUUUCUGUGCCCGAGCGCGAAAAUUAGGCAUUCGAGGCUGUACUGUGGCGAAGAUGCGAUCCAAUCCCAGCCUCUCACAACUUCACGAUGUCCUUGCUUAUGACAACUCUUCUCUGCUGUCAAACAUGCCAUCAUCUGAUGACGAACCGACGGAUGAAGCUUCCGGUCUCACGCCGCCCUCUUCGAUGCCCUCUACGCCAACAAGUUCAGGAUCCUCAUUUGUGAAAUUACCUGGAGCUACCGAUUUCACCACUCUCAGUAUAUCCGGACACUCUAUUGCGGCAGCAGGUAUCAACGAGAGCGAGGUGGACGUUGUAUAUCCGCCUACUGCCAUGCAGUCAUCCAUGGUUCAGCAGUCUUUACUAGACUCCAAUUCAGGCGUAUAUCAUAGUCAACUUAUCCUCCACCUCGAAGGACCAGUACAAGAGAUGAAAUUGAGAAAAGCAUGGAGUGCAGUAUGCAAUGCAAAUCCUUCACUCCGCACCAUUUUUGUGCCCUUGGAACGUGGUCAUGUACCCGGAGUGGCAUAUUUGGCGGUGGAGCUGAAGCAAAACGCACGCAUUCCUUUGUUCGAAAGCCGUCAGCUUCCCCUCCCGUCAUCGGAAAUGUUUGAAGACCUCUUGGAUCAUGACAGAAAAGUAGGAAUCGGAGCCAUUACGAAUAUCCACAAAAUGACCCUAGUUGAGAGAGGUCCUUGCGAAUAUACCCUUAUCUUUACAUGUCACCACGCUGUUUUCGAUGGUUGGAGCACAACUACUCUGUUGAAGCAGCUUGGCGAGGCCUAUUCGGGAACUUUGCCGCUGAAAACCAGCAGAUCGAAUGCUGAAUACUUCACGCAGCAAUUGACGCGUGAUAGGGGUGCGUCGGAGGACCUAUGGAGACAAUACCUGGCAGGGGUUCAGUUGCCACAGCUUCCACAGCGAGAACACGUUAUGGAAAGGCCGUCACACAAAAGGAUAGAAGCGGCUCUUCAAACUGCUAUUUUAAGCAGUGAGUUUCAAGCACGCGCUGAAGCUUUUGGUGUGACCCCUUUUACUAUCGUACAAUUGGCCUUUGCGCUUGCUCUUGAACGCUCUUGGAUUGAUCACAGGCGGUCUACUCGUGUCGGAUUCUGGACGGUCACCAGCGGAAGAUCACAAAAGGUAGACGAUAUCAACGCGAUUGGAAACUUCUUGAACACAAUUCCAUGCGUUGUGGCUCUUUCCUCGACUACCAGCGUCCAUAAAAGCCUCCAAGCUACGUAUAGAAUGUUCACCAAAAUGUCAGAGCACGAUUGUGUUUCUACAACAGAUAUUUUGCGCUGUUUCGAGAAGCCCGAAUGCGACAUCGACGCUCUCCUGGUGUUUGAGAAUCACCCAGAUGCUAGCGAGCCACAACUCCACUUCGGCAGCAACAUUCGGCUUAAUUCAGUGGAUGGACGAGAAGUAUCGAGUCUUCCAUUUGUUGUUGUUGUCGAGCCUGGACAGACUGAAGUCAAGAUUAUUGCCAAGUUUGAUGAAGCACGACAUCACUCUGGCUCAGUUAGACGAGUUCUUGAUCGUUUCUCCACCAUAUUGAGCAACAUUGUUUCACACCCAACUCUCGAUGAAUGCAGUCUGUCUAGUAUAAGCUGCGACUAUCACCAUUCAGAGAAGCAGUUGGUCUUACAACAAGGAGUGAAUCUGAGCCAGCAGUCUGGACUGCAAGAGACCCUGGUGUCACUUUUUCGCCAGUGUGUUGCUAAACAUGGGCAACGUAAAGCUUUAGCAACUCACUCGUCAUGGUUGACGUUUGCCGAGUUGGAUGAUCUUACCGACCGACUGGCUAUCUACCUCUCACGUCAAGACAAUAGCAAUUCCAAAAUUGUUCCGAUUGUUCUUGAGAAGAGUCCAUGGAUGGUCAUUGCCAUGCUUGCAGUCUUGAAGAGUGGGCGUGCCUACUGCCCACUUGAGUUCGACGCACCAAGCCACAGGAUAUCUUUCGCAAUUAAGAGGCUCGGCGCAGGCCUAAUAAUCACAAACGAGAACGGUUUCCCAAAGUUGGCGAGCCUAUCCGCCUGGGGUCAUCCACAAAUCCUCGUGAUUGACAACAUCCAGACUCUGCUGGCUAACGCUGAGACUCGCACUUCUAGAGAUGCGGUAUCCUUGCUGCCUACAUUACAUCCUGAUAUGGCAUGUUACGUUAUGUUCACAUCUGGAAGCACUAGUAGCCCAAAGGCAUGUACACUCACACACGGUGCUGUCGCCAGCGCAGUUCAAGCGGUUCAGCCACUGUAUAACUUUGAACCAUCGUCUCGGAUCCUGUUAUUUGCAAACUAUGUCUUUGACGCUAGCGCGAUCGAUAUCUGGGGCUCUCUCUCUUCCGGUUCUUGUCUCUUUCUUCUCCACGACGAUGAACUGAAAUCGGACCUCAUUGGGCACAUAGACCGUCUCCAGAUUAAUUGGAUUCAUCUCACCCCAACAGUCCUCCGAACUAUAUCACCGGAUCAAGUCCCCAGCCUCAAGACUAUCAUCCUUGGAGGAGAAAUGAUGGUUCCAGAUCUUCUUAAUAUCUGGGCGAAGCAAGUUGAGAUCGUUGCUGCAUACGGUCCAACAGAAGCGGCAAUCCAAGUCCUCACUUUCCGCCCGAGUCGUUAUCCUAUCGACGAAGUUACCUAUACAGCUCUUCCAGGAAACUUGGUGGUGGUUGUCAACGAACGCCGCGAAAUCUGCCAUAUCAAUGAACCUGGUGAGAUUGUGAUUGCUGGGAAACAGCUUUUCGUCGGGUAUGAAGGCAAUAGCCUUGCCACCCAGGCGGCUCUUACGACGAUCCAUGGAUUUGGCGAGUUCAAAUUCUACAAAACAGGAGAUCGCGCCUAUUAUUCUCACAUAGGAGAAGAUGGGAAGCCACAUAUACGCAUCCUUGGCCGCGUAGACCAUCAAAUGAAGGUUUCGGGCAUGAGAAUAGCGCCCGAAGAAAUUGAGCAAGUUCUGAACGCAGACCCGGAUGUUGUAUGCUCUGCUGUUGUCGCGAGCUAUGGAAGAUCUUUAGACGCGCUGGUCGUUGGCCGGGACAAUAAUCUCAAUGUGAACCGGCUCAUGACUUUGUGUCGGGAGAGGCUCCCCGAACGGUUACGCCCAGUUAUCCACCAAGUGAAAGAGAUUCCUCUAUUAGCAAGCCGCAAAGUUGAUCGAAAAAGACUGUCAACACUUCUCGAUAAUGUUAUUGCCUCGAAACCUGGCGGCCGUUCCUCAAGCCUUGUGUCUCAAAAUGAUUCAGCAAAAAUAUCCGCAGUUACUGCGAUUAUUGAGAAUGUUCUUGGGACAAAGGUGCUCGAUGUAAACGCGCCACUGGCAAAUUUGGGCUUGGAUUCACUCGGUUUUAUGCGACUUAAGCAUUCACUAUGUACCAAGUUUCAUCUUCCUGAUUUAACGUAUCGUCAGCUACGCAACAUCGCCACGGCAGCCGGAAUCGCUGAUCUAGUUGGCAUGGAUCAAUCGUCGGCCGUCUCAUCUGACUACGACGUUGUUAGCAUAGCUGCCGAUAAGGAGAACGUGUCGCCAACCCGGGUCUUGGAUGAAAAGUCCACGAAAACGCUCAUUAGGCGUACUGGUAGAUUUUUGGCCCUUCCGAGUCAAUUGGCUAUGUGGGUAGCUCAGGAGCGCUUACAAGAUACGACGUACAAUGUUCAGCGGGUAUGGCGCUUCGAAGAUGUCACUGCAGACUCACUGUUAUCUGGACUCCUAGAUGUUGUGCACCGCCUUGAGAUGUUCAGGACGACAUUCGAGUUUGAUCUCUCUGCAGGGAAGCUGUACCAGGUCGUUCAUGAUGAGUCUCUCGUUGCGGUACAAAUUUCUCGGAUUUCGCAUGUCGACAUAGACGACUUACGAGCAAGUUUUAUACCACACAACUGUGCAACGAUUGACCUCAGAAAUGGUCCUCUGGCCAUAUUCCAUCUCAUCGCUGAUGGGAAGACUGUAGUCCUUCACUCAACCAUACACCACAUCAUUGUGGAUGAGUUUACUAGCAUCCAGCUAUUUAAUCUCAUCCGAUGCGCCAGUAGAGGCAGUUCCGACUUGUGCGCCUUUGAAGGCACUUCUUCCAUCGCUCUCCAUGCUGCUCAAACAGCAAACCGACACGACGAAAACCACCUUAACGAAUGGAAACAGCGGAUGUCUGGAGCAAUAGGAAUUGAUACGGAAUCUCACUAUGAGGACUCUUACAAUCAACUAAAGUAUGCUCUGUCAUUGCCGACGGUGGAAGGAGGGAAAGACAAUGUGUCAUUUGUACACCUUCUCAGCUGCUUUCACGCGAUUCUUCACCGCUAUACGCAAUCCGAUGAUGUUACCACCAUAAUUCCCAUUUCAAGUCGUGGGAUGCUACCACCCCAUCUCUGUCGGAACGUAUUGGGCAAUCUCACUCAUACAGCGUUCCUACGCAGUCGGCUAGGUAGUGAAGAUUCACUUGAAGACUUCACAAAGCAGAUCCGCGAAGGAGUGGAUUUUGCCUUGGAGUCAGACAUGGCCAUCAACAAGGUGGCUUCUGCUUGUGGCCUGGACACAGCAAAUUUCAUGAUUCAAUUUAUCAUGCACGAUGCUCAGUCAUAUGAUGAUAUGUCAUCCGAUAUGACUGAUAUGACUUUGGACCUCAUCACCUCAGAAAAACCAAUGUUUGACCUUAUGUGGCAUGUUUUCGCUCACAAAGAUUGUUUGGAUGUCUUGGUUGAAUUCAAUGAGCAGAAGUAUGCCAAAGACGAUAUUAAAAUUCUGGUACAGGCGUGGGAGAAAGUCAUCGACAAGAGCAAUUGCCAGGGUGGUCAAUCCAUAUCUUCGAUAUUAUUUACCAUAAUUCCCGAGGACUCACUUUUCAAGAAAACUGAUUCCAACACAAAGUUGACAAAGCAAGCAUGCGAGCUUCAAGUCCCACCUCCUUCGGAUCUUACAUCAAGCCAGGAACAUAGAGCCACUUCAACGCCCAUCGACAUCUCUGUUGACACUCUCGUCCAAAAGGAUGUCCCACAGUCCAAGUAUGAUGAAGCCAGAGCGAGAUUUGAGUCUUUAAUAAGAGAGUCCUUAUGCAAAUCUUUGGGCAUCGCGUCGAUUGACGGCCAAAGCAGCUUGCGUGAACUUGGCCUAGAUUCUUUUUCAUGUAUGGCAUUCAUGGCUGAUAUGAUUAGGCACGAGCCAGAUAUCAGUGUCAGCAUGCGCGACGUUAUGAGCUGCCCUACGAUGGAAUCACUUGUGGAACAUUUCGCUGAUAGAGCUUUGUCAGAGACUAGCGACAACAAGUCUGACGACGGAAGCUAUGUGGCAUUGGGAAAAGACAUGCUCCAACGUCCACAACACGGUUUGGCAAGCUCAAUGCAAAAAAGAUUCUAUCUACUCCAAGAACAGCUCGGAGACUCAACUUACAGUCUGCCAAGUGCAUAUCGUGUUCAUGGUGUCCAUUCAUCUCGCGUUAUUGCGGCUCUCCAAGAUAUUGUGACUGAGCACGACAUUUUCAGAACACACUUUGAUUUCACAGAUGAAAGUGAACUACUGCAAAUUGUUGAUGAAUCAGAGCGCUUGGAAUAUACUAUCCAUGAUCUUAGUAACCAUAGCGAUGUGACAGCCGCUGAAGAGGUUACCAGGAUUAGCCACGAAGAAUGCAUGCGCGAGUUCAAUCUUGCCGAAGGUCAUCUUGUGCGAUGCACUGCUAUUAUUCUCCCCAACGGCGAACAGUAUAUAAUCAUCAAUUUUCACCAUUGCGUCGCCGAUGAACGAACCAUCACCGGCGUUUGGGAAGAGCUGUGUUCUGCUGUGACAGACAAGUCUUGUUCCAAGGAGACGGCCAACUUCGACGCUGGCUCGUACAUUGACUUUUCCACUCGACACCACGAGAUGCUCAAAUCUAACAAGCUUGCAGAAGCUCAAACAUUCUUUCAGAAUUUGCUAGUUGGUCCUGAAAACUCGCAUGGGUUAUUUCUGAGACAAGGACCAGAGACAGAGAGCUAUCCCGAUGCUAUUACAAUCAACCGCGGCACAAUUUUCGACUACGAUCCAGUGCAGUGGGCUUACAAAUCGGGAUCGACUCCUUUUGCUGCUUAUCUGUUUACUUUCCAACUUCUUCUCAGUUUCAAGUCAGGCACCGAAGGGUCAUCAGUUUUGAUCCCCGCCACUUGCCGAGGACCUCGGGAGCAGAACUUGUACGGAUGCUUCAUUAACACGCUUCCAGUGAGAUUCACAAAACUGGCGGGCACAUACUCCAUGACCGAAACUCUGCGAGACUUUCAGGAUUGCCUCGCCAAGAUUCUUGAGUACUCCGAUAUCCCAUUCGAGAGACUUUUGGAGUCCAUAGGCUGGGGUGCCAAUGACUUCGAUACGAUCUUCACGUAUCAUAAUGUACCGGCUGGAGCACGAGAAAAGGCCAGAACUAUCGAACCUUGCAAGGGAAUUCUCCCAGAAGUACUACCUGGCAUCUCUGCAAAAUUCCCGUUGGCUUUCACCAUCACAAGAGAAAUGACAAAGGAUGGGAAGUCAAAGUUGGACAUGAGCGUUGAGUUCAAUCCAGAUCGCAUCUCAGAAGUCGAAGUCUUAGAGAUAUGCAAGGAAUACGAAUGCCUCUUGCUUGCCACGAAUGGAACGACUGGCGAGAGCGAAUCUCACAAAGAUACCAGCGUGACUCAGAGAGACUCUCGGUCUGAACUGCAGCCUGUCUCAAAGGUCCCUUCUUGGUUCCAUGGCAUGCCUAAUCCCAUAGUGGAAACAACCCCGUUUGCCGACGUCCAAAUCCUUGACCAAGCCAAAGCCCGGCCUUCCGCCACUGCCAUGAUUUUUGAGAACGAAAUCUCGAUAACAUACAAGGAGAUGGUAGAUAUGAUAUCAGGCUUGGCUAGCUACCUGUCGACACGUAUUGGCCCUCAGAAUAUGCUGAACCAAGCUAUCUGUAUUGUGGGCGAUGCGUCCAUUGAACGAAUAAUUACAAUCUUGGCGAUUAUGACGGCUGGUGGCGCUUACGUACCCAUCGAACUGAACAAUCCAAUCGACUGGAACCUCACCAUCAUAGCAGACUGUGAGCCAGCUGCUGUAGUCUUUAUCCCAGAAAAGGAACCCCUACGUGUUGAACAAGCUUCACAGCUUCGAGCUCAACUCAAGGCGAAGGGCAUACUCUGUGUUGAUAUCAAUACUCCGCUACCAAUGGCAUCGGAACCAUUCAAAUUGACCACAAAACGGCUACCAGAACAUUUAGCCUACGUCCUGUACACAAGCGGCUCUACAGGAAAACCGAAGGGAGUAGCCAUCCAAAAUCAUGCGCUUCGGAAUGCUACAGUCUCAUUACGCCCGUUAUACCGUCUGGCUCCGAACAAGCGGCUCCUACAGCUAGCACCUUGGACUUUUGAUGUUUCAGUCAUUGAUAUUUUUGGCACCUUGACUGUUGGAGCGACUCUUUGUAUUGGUCGCAAGUCAUGGAUGCUGGACGAUCUCCAGGACACUAUGGCCAUGCUGAGAAUCACACACAUUGCCACUACCCCCACUAUUGCUGGCGCUCUUGACGCAAAUGCACUUCCAGACGUUGAGUGUCUAGAUAUUGGCGGAGAACCCAUGACAGAGCUGUGUCGAGAUGUCUGGGCUUCAAAGGCCACGCUUUUCAAUAUUUAUGGCCCUACAGAAGCCACCGUUGAUGUCCUUGGUCGACAGUGCUUCCCCGAUACGGAUAUAUCAAACAUUGGUCGGCCUUUGGAGAACGUUUUCGUCUAUGUUCUUGAUGAUAAGCUCAGGCAGGUCGGCAUCGGAGAGGUUGGUCAACUAGCUAUAGGAGGCCACCAGCUUGCGCGCGGUUAUCUGAAGCCACCGGCGGGUGCCGCGGCCUUUGUAGACACAAAGGAUUAUGGACGCAUUUACCUAACUGGAGAUUGUGCGCGUUUCGAACCGGACGGCAGCAUAGUUUGUCUUGGCCGUAUGGAUACUAUGGUUAAUUUGCGAGGCCUGCGAGUUGAGCUGGGAGCCAUUGAGAGUGCCGUGAACAAUGCGCUCGACCAGGGCAAAAGUGUUGUCAUCAUGAUUAAGCGGCCAUCGGGCGAUUGCCUUGUAGCCAUUUUUACGGAUGCAAGUCUACAAACGAAAGGCAGCUUGAAACCUCUUUCAUUGGCCGGUCUUCGCCCUCUCAUACAAAAGUUACAGGCCUCGGUCAAGGAUAAAUUGCCAGCAUAUUUUAUGCCCUCUUUAUGGGUUCCUCUCAACGAUAUCCCGAUGAAUAAUAAUGGCAAACUGGACAGGAAAAUGAUCAAGCGUCUUAUCGGAGAACUAUCAGAAGAAGCUCUCGAUGGUUACCUUCCCCAAUCGGCAACGAAUGAGAAGCUUGAUAAACUUGACGACCUAAGGAGAUUUGCUUCGAGUAGCACUGUAGCACAGGUCCCUACAGAACGGCCGCUUAUUACAACACCAGCACCAACAACCGAGACUAGGAUACAAGGCGCUUUUAAGGAAAUCCUCGGAGAUCGGCAGUUCCCCAUGGAUGCCAGUUUUUUCUCAAUGGGCGGUGACUCUAUAUCUGUUAUUAGGCUUCGAUCGGUCCUGACAAAGGCCGGAUUUACGCUUAAAGUAAAAGAUAUUUAUCAGAACCCUACCAUCACGGCGCUCGCAGAUUUUUUGGACCCAAGCAGGUCUACCAGGAAUAGUACAGACAACGGCAGUAUGUUGCAGAGCUUUGUACAGUCAUUACCAAAGACAGAGAGUCAGAUGGUCAGCAACCUUGUCCCUCCCACGCCAAUCAUUGAUUGGUUCUUUGCUUCCCAGAGAGCUAAUGAAAAUUGGUUCAAUCAAGGUCACAUCAUUAAGCUGAACAAGAAGCACACAUACGAGGACUUCCAGAGGGCUUGGUCUAAUAUCGUCGAAGCCCACCCGAUGUUACGUUUAGUGGUGUCGAAAAGUGCCACCCAUGAGCAUGGAAAAUGCAUCGGUAUACCCAAUGAGAGCACCAAUCAUACCUAUUUCCUGAGAAAGCGUCUAUCGUCUAUGGAGGAGCUUCCUGAAGAACUUUCGAAGCUACAAUCGUGCCUAAAUCUCUCCAGCGGGCGGAUUUGCGCCGUUGGCGGGUUUCAUAUAGGUGACGAACUCUACUGUGCGAUAUUUGCUCAUCAUUUGGCCGUGGACGUGGUAUCUUGGCAGGUCAUCUGGAGCGACUUAGAGGAUCUACUUCAGGGGGAUUCCAUUGAACCGGAGUUCUCAUCCUUCCCUGAGUGGGCUGAGUAUUUGUUGAAGAAGCGUCAAUUAGCUGGGCAGAUUCCAGCUCGAAUUCAUGCUCGCGAAUAUAGCUCCUUCCUUACCACGGAACAGAUGAAGCGCCUCUCAGAAAAUACAGAAGCAUCAGGCAGUUUUAUGAAUGUCAAAGUAGAUGUCUCUACUCUCGACCUGAGACGUGAAGAUACGGAGCCUGUUGACAUGAUGCUUGCCAGCCUGGUUCUAGCGCUUAGCACCUGGCAGAGACUGAGACCUCCGACGAAUCAGGUUGAGCUUCACUUUGAAUCACACGGUCGCGACUUGGAGCUGGAGGAUCUUGACCUAACCAGGACGGUUGGGUGGUUUACUCGCAUCAUUCCUAUUGCAUUCAAUGUACCAUUGCAGGGAUCUGUGAACGAUUUCACUACCAUGGUCCAGCAGACGCGAAAACAUGCAAUGUCCAGCGUCAAUCUUGCUUCAGCAAUUGAAACAGCUCCUGUAGAUGGAAUGGUUACAUUCAACUAUCUGGGGCAGAGAGCGCGAACGUCGUCCUACACCUCCUUUGAGAAUGUAGAGAUGGAUCUCGGCAUGUACCAAUCCCCCACAAAUCAACGGUUUUCCAUCUUGGACAUCGAAUGCAGUUUGACUCAUGAGGGUCAGCUGGACAUUGGUGUCUUUUACAGCACCGCUAUUCACACUGCCAAAGAGAUACGCCAGCUACUGGAUUCUUGGUCCUACUGCAUACGCAGCGUGGCUGAUGGAUCACAGAGUCUUAAGGCACCUAUUGAUCAUACCACCUACAGCAUUCCUGAGUGUAUGCAAGAUCAAAAAGACGCGAUUGAAGAAAGCAUUGUAGCAUGGAAGCUCAACACCCAGGACAUCGAAAAAAUGGCUCCUGCCACUGAUGGACAGGCGGCGAUGCUUCUAACCAGCCUUGGAUCUCGAUCAUACAUGCAUUCGUAUAACUAUGAGGCGACUGACACAAAUACUGACAUUCAACGAUUACAACAUGCUUGGGAUGUCGCCUUGGGGCGUCAUUCCAUCUUUCGUACAAUUUUCAUGCCGCUCUCCCCGCAGGCAACCUACAGUGAGAAAAGCCAUCAUAGCGAUAUACAGUUGGUGCAAGUCAUUCUCAAGGCAACCGAGCUGCCUACUCCUCUCGUACAAACAGGCAAAAAGUUGAAGCCAAUGCAACCAGGUUUCGCAAAGCAGCUAUGCAGACUUCACAUCCACAAAUCCCCAAGCACGCAAAAAGUUCGCAGUGUCUAUAAUGGCCAGGCACUGGCGCCCCAAAUUACUCAAUUCAGCGACAUCGUCGUAUCGAGGUAUGAGAAGGCACGCCAGGAUCCAAGAAGCAACGACUUCUGGCAAUCACAGAUGCGUGAUAUUGAGCCAAGCAUUCUGGUUAAUCCAUUGAGAGCGGAUCAGGUGCCAACGGAGAUGCAAAAGGCGAUCCACGACACUCUUAUCGACCGCCACCAGCAAUUCUGUUUCCCUGUAAGCCCCAAACACUUCAGAGAUGCUGCUCACUACAAUCAUACGACGAUUCCGAUUCUCUUCCACGCUGCCUGGGCCCUCACUCUUUCCACUUAUCUAUCUACUCGAGACGUUGUGCUUGGUAGUGUCGUCUCUGGUCGUCGUGGAGAAGACAUUGAGCGCAUACAAAACGUAGUAGGACCAUGCCUCAACACUGUCCCGCUGCGAGUGUGCGUUGACUGGAACCAAACCAUGUGCCAAUUUAUCGAACACGUUACAGAUAUCUUCUUGGACAUGGCCGAGCAUGAAGAUUUGCUUUCGUUAAAGCAGAUUCAAGGCCUCUCUGGAAAGAAAACUCUCUUCAACUCAACGCUGAUUACCAACACGCCACUCAAAUCAGAAAACAUCGUUCAGUCUGGAUUUCAUCUCACCCUCAAAGACAUGGAUGAGGUGACUGAUGUUCCUGUGCUCCUGAAUAUGUCUUGUGAGGAUAGUACUAUAGUAGUCGAUGCGCGUGUGCAUGGAGAAGACAUUGAUGAAGAACAACUCUGUCGUAUGAUGGGGACGCUGGGCAUUGUGCUCCAGCAUGUUGCAGAUGCCAGGCGCGAUACUACCCGACCGCUUCAAAGCAUGGACUUGCUCGAAACCAAUCAUCAUCGUGUGAUUGAUGACUUAGUUUCUGGUCCACGCUUUCCCAUCGAAUAUGACGGCCUCACCUGUUCGCAGCUACUUCAGAGCCGUGUGAGCAGAUAUCCAGAUCAAUCAGCUGUGGAAUUAUACCGAAAGAAGGGACAGAAACCGGUUGUCAUGACUUACAAAGCUUUGUCAACCAUCGUCGAGCUAGGUGCUAAGAGACUCCGAGCUGGAGCUAACCUAGAGCCAAAAUCGCGAGUGGCAAUCUUUAUGGAUAAAUCCACUGAACUCAUUUGCGCUAUACAUGCCAUACACCGAGCGGACUGUGCCUACGUGGCACUGGAUAUAGACAACCCACAGGCUCGUACUAAACUGCUACUUGAGCAGAUUAGCCCAUCUGCCAUUAUCUGCUCAAAGGACACUCUAAAGUUGCUCCCACAAACAUUCUUGGGGAAUGACAAAUGCCCCUUCAUAGUAGCUGAACAACUCUUCAGCCCUGUUACGCAAUCUUCAAACGACAGCUACUACCUGCCUCCAUCCACGGCUACUUCAGAUGAUGUUGCAGCCAUUCUUUUCACAAGUGGGACUACGGGGACCCCCAAGGCUGUGAUAAUGCCACACCGUCAAGUUGUUGGUUAUGGUAUAAUGAUGGCAGAAGCCAUUGGAUAUGGCAGUGACGAUCGAGUGUUCAAUUUUGCGCGUCUCGUCUUUGAUGUCUCGCAAAGUGACAUAUUCGGAGCCAUCUAUUCUGGUGCUACACUGGUACUCGCUCCUCAAACAGAGACAGUAUCUAGGCUUCCAGCGCUGUUAAGAGAAUCAGGUACCACAAGCCUGAACACAACGCCUUCUAUUGCUUCUCUCCUAUACCCAGAUAGCCUUCCUCACAUUCGAUCACUCUGCCUAGCAGGUGAGAUGGCUACAAAGGCUGUGUAUGAGAGAUGGACACCAUUUGUCAGAGUCAUCAACGCGUACGGUCCUACUGAGGCCGUUGUAAUCUCGUGGAAACACGCCACCGCUUCGAUUGACCCACGAUGCAUAGGACGCCCAAGUAUUGGAAUACAAAUACACAUCUUGGAUGACCACAUGCGCCGUGUUCCCAUGGGUAGUAUUGGGACAAUUUGGUGCUCUGGAAGACAACUGUCAGAUGGUUAUUACGGUCGACCGGAAGAAACAACAAAGGCCUUCCGAGAGAACCCAUAUGGGCCUGGUCUCAUAUAUAACACAGGAGAUCUAGGAGCAUACGACUCUAAUGGGGAGAUAGUGUACCAUGCGCGGAAAGAUCGCCAGAUCAAGGUUAAUGGUCGCCGUCUGGAGCUUUCAGAAAUUGAGAGAACUCUUACAACUCGAAACCACAGCGUAGUGGUACUUCUACUGGAUUCAAAUCUUGUUGCUUUCUGCUGCAAACUGGAAUCAUCGAAUGAUGGGCUCACGGGCCCAGAUGGUACAGCUGGAUGCGGGCUCAAUGACAACAUGGCUCAGACACUCGCAAGCAUGGAAGCCCAAGCCCACCAGAUGCUACCAAGUUUCAUGAUUCCAAAGUGUUUCGUCCCUGUUUCGGCAAUACCGUUGACGGGUAACAGCAAGGUAGAUCAGCUUAAGCUGCAUGAAGUCUACAAACAAUGGAAAACACAGCGCAGCGUUCCAGUUCAUGAUGCAACAGCUUUGACACUACGGCCUACCGUCCAGGCACCGGAAAAGUCAACAUAUGAGCAACAGGUGCCGCCUCAACAACACGGGCGAUCGCAAGACAUUGACUGGUCGCUGCGCGAGGAUGAUUGGAGCGACUACUUGCUUCCGUACUUCAACCCCAAGGCACCCUUAGGUACGCAGCCGCGGGGCCAAAUCUUCGCGUUCUUCGCUAUUACCGGCACGUCGAAGCAGCACAGCAUCUUGGCGCCCUAUUUGCCCUCAUUCAACCUCAUUGGAGUUGAGAAUAUCUUCUUUCACCAACCCGAUUAUUACAGUUCAUUGCAGGCUAUGGCAGUGGAGCACUCUGCGCUCAUACGGCGGCAACAGCCCACUGGGCCGUAUCUGCUGGCCGGCUUCUCAUUUGCAGGCCAGUUAGCGUAUGAAGUGGCCAAUGAGCUGCGCCACUUAGGGGAGGACGAUGUUCGUGUGGUCUUGAUCGACUCAGCCGCCAGAGAGCGUGCCCCGACGAGGCCUGGUGGUGUGACCGAUGCUGACUGCGAAAAGUUCUUCAAGGUGCCAACCACUCUCGAAGCUACAGCGGCUGGGCCCGAAGUCGUUGACUACCGUCAAGGCCUUCUUAACCAAAUCCGUCACAAUAUAACUCUGCACAACGAAUACGUGCCACGCCCCUUCGACGGCAACGCACUCAUUAUUCCGCGCUUACCAAACCAAGGCGAGGCCUGGGAUGAUGACGAAACCAAUGGUUACGCAGAAUUCGUACCGCAGGCUCGUUUACAGGUACGAACCGUAACAGCAGCUGACCAUUUUGCCGUCAUGGAGGAAGAGCAGUCUUUGCGCAAGAUUGGACACUUUAUUGAGGAGUUUAUGGCUGGUUUUUAAUAUAUAGAGAGCAUAUGUGCAGAAUACAGUGGCGUUGUCAGGUAGACUGGUGUGGAGCUAGUAAAACCUGAGGCUCAAGAGAG